CGCGCGUGACGUCGCCGGAGGGCGAGGUCUGCUAGAGGGGGUGAGGCAUGCCCCUGCAGCAAGGGGCGGGGCCACCCCAACGCCACUUCUGCGGCCAAAGUAGGUUGGGAGUGGAAGGUGGUGGCUGCUGCUCCGCAGUGUCGGGAAGAUGGCGCCGCCGGUGGCAGAGAGGGGGCUAAAGAGCGUCGUGUGGCAGAAGAUAAAAGCAACAGUGUUUGAUGACUGCAAGAAAGAAGGCGAAUGGAAGAUAAUGCUUUUAGAUGAAUUUACCACUAAGCUUUUGGCAUCGUGUUGCAAAAUGACAGAUCUUCUAGAAGAAGGUAUUACUGUUGUAGAGAAUAUUUAUAAGAAUCGUGAACCUGUCAGACAAAUGAAAGCUCUUUAUUUCAUCACUCCAACAUCAAAGUCUGUAGAUUGUUUCUUACAUGAUUUUGCAAGUAAAUCGGAGAACAAGUAUAAAGCAGCAUAUAUUUACUUCACUGACUUUUGCCCUGAUAAUCUCUUUAACAAAAUUAAGGCUUCUUGCUCCAAGUCAAUAAGAAGAUGUAAAGAAAUAAAUAUUUCCUUCAUUCCACAUGAAUCUCAGGUGUAUACUCUUGAUGUACCAGAUGCAUUCUAUUACUGUUAUAGUCCAGACCCUGGUAAUGCAAAGGGAAAAGAUGCCAUUAUGGAAGCAAUGGCUGACCAGAUAGUUACAGUGUGUGCCACCUUGGAUGAAAAUCCCGGAGUAAGAUAUAAAAGUAAACCUCUAGAUAAUGCCAGUAAGCUUGCACAGCUUGUUGAAAAAAAGCUUGAAGACUACUACAAGAUUGAUGAAAAGAGCCUAAUAAAGGGUAAAACACAUUCACAGCUCUUAAUAAUUGAUCGUGGCUUUGAUCCUGUGUCCACUGUCCUGCAUGAACUGACCUUUCAGGCAAUGGCAUAUGAUCUACUACCAAUUGAGAAUGAUACAUACAAAUAUAAAACAGAUGGAAAAGAAAAGGAGGCCGUCCUUGAAGAAGAAGAUGACCUCUGGGUUAGAAUUCGACAUCGACAUAUCGCGGUUGUGUUAGAGGAAAUUCCCAAGCUUAUGAAAGAAAUUUCAUCAACAAAGAAAGCAACAGAAGGAAAGAUAUCACUUAGUGCUCUUACCCAGCUGAUGAAAAAGAUGCCCCAUUUCCGAAAACAGAUUACCAAGCAAGUUGUCCAUCUUAACUUAGCAGAAGAUUGCAUGAAUAAGUUCAAGCUUAAUAUAGAAAAGCUCUGCAAAACUGAACAGGACCUGGCACUUGGAACUGAUGCAGAAGGACAGAAGGUGAAAGAUUCCAUGCGAGUACUCCUUCCAGUUCUACUCAACAAAAGUCAUGAUAAUUGUGAUAAAAUAAGAGCAAUUCUACUUUAUAUCUUCAGUAUUAAUGGAACUACGGAAGAAAAUUUGGACAGGUUGAUCCAGAAUGUAAAGAUAGAAAAUGAGAGUGACAUGAUUCGUAACUGGAGUUACCUUGGUGUUCCCAUUGUUCCCCAAUCUCAACAAGGCAAACCGUUAAGAAAGGAUCGGUCUGCAGAAGAAACUUUUCAGCUCUCUCGAUGGACACCUUUUAUCAAAGAUGUUAUGGAGGAUGCUAUUGAUAAUAGAUUAGAUUCAAAAGAAUGGCCAUAUUGUUCCCAGUGUCCAGCAGUCUGGAAUGGUUCAGGAGCUGUAAGUGCUCGCCAGAAACCCAGAGCUAAUUAUUUAGAAGACCGAAAAAAUGGGUCAAAGCUGAUUGUUUUUGUAAUUGGAGGAAUUACAUACUCUGAAAUGCGUUGUGCUUAUGAAGUUUCUCAGGCACAUAAAUCCUGUGAAGUUAUUAUUGGUUCUACACAUAUUUUAACACCCAAAAAGCUGUUGGAUGAUAUAAAGAUGCUGAAUAAACCCAAGGAUAAAGUCUCCUUUAUUAAAGAUGAAUAGCGUUUAUUUUUGGAGGGUUUAAAGAUUCUUACUAAUAUGUUGAACUAAAAUAGAAAGAAAAUGUUGCUGUCAUGUAAUUUAAACAAUGUAAAUAUUUUAUGGAAUAAUGGCUUUUCAAAUACGUUUCUUAAGGAACUGUUUAUGGUUAUGUAUUACUGGAUUUGUCAUUUUUGAUAAUUUAAAUAUUGCUGCUGCUUUGUAGAUGAUGAGAAGAAAUGUUAAAAUGCUUUCUAAAAGGAAAUUUUUUCACCUUUGGAGGAGAAUAUAUUAGAGUUGUGGGUAAUUUUUCACAGCCACCUAUGUACAUACCAACUACCCAUUGGAUACUUAUAUCUAAAAGUCUCAUGCUGAAGUAUAGUUUUUGGGAAAGAAUGAUUUUAAGUAAAGAGAUUGUAAAAGUAAAAAACUAUAAAUUAUAUGUAUGAUAGAAUUGUUUCCUCUAAGUGUAGUUUUUCUUUCAACUAAAAUUCAGUUUGUUUUAUGUGUAAAAUAAUUCAAUCAUUAAUAGAAAUGGAGUGAUUUCACAGUGUAUACUAUUUUGCCACAUACUUGUAAAGAACACGAUUUUAUAUAAUUUUGAAAUCAUGUAUGUUUAAAUUAGAAAACCAAAAAUCAUGAACAUUCUAAGAGAAAAUGAAUAUAGAAUUUAAAAAAUUAUUCUGGUUUGUGUUGUCUGUAGGGGAGGGGGAAGUUAGAAAUUUUAAAAGUUCUAAUUUAGAGUAACUAAGAAGAAAAGGAAUCUACCAUAAUAUUCCCACAAAGAUAACUCCUAAUGACUUUUUCAAAAAUAAUGUAAUCUCUAUAUAGGGUUAGAUAAUAUAUGUCUGCAGAUGUGUUUUGUUAAACAAAGGAAACAUCUUUGUUUCAAAUCUCUUCUUUUACUUGACCUCAUGGUGUUCUGUCAUACAGCAGACCAUAGUUUUAUUGAUUCAGAGUUUUGCUCUUAUAAAUAAUGCUGCAUUGUUUGGGUACAUACCUUUGCAGACUUACACAAACAUUUCCAUAAUGUAAAUUCCUAGCAGUGGUCAAGGGAUUUGUGCAUUUAAAUAUUGAUGGAUAUCCAUUUUUAAUUUUUAUGUAAGUAAAUCCAUUGCUUUUCCAUUUUGGCUUCUGAAUUUCACAUGCUACUUAGAAAUACCUUCCACACUCCAGGAUUAUAAAUUUUUGAUAGAUUCAUUCUAUUUUUUUACAGGUAACUCACCAUCUGGAAUUGAUUUUAGUGUAAGACUGUGUGCUAGAUGUUGUCUCUUAGCACUUGGCAUGGCGUCCCAUGUCUCCUUACCCCAUACCACAGGGGAUGAAAGGCUAAACAUGAAAUUUUUCAGAUUCUAAGAUAAGUAAGGUCUGAACAGUUUAUAUUCUACCAGUGAUGUGCACUUGGCCAAGAUUUAGAGGCAGAGGCCAUCUACUAUGCCAGUAAACAGUCUCCUGCAGACAGGAAUUGUUUGUAGCAACCAGACUCCACAUUUUAGUGUCUUGUCACCUGCUUCGUGGGUGACAAGCACUAGCUUCCUGUCCUUUGGGUCACAGAUGGUAAAAUGAUCGUGGGUCUCCAGUUUCUGCUCUUACUGCUUUUUCAAUAAUUUUUGUAAUGACCUAAUUCUCUGUAUUAAAUGCCUUUCUGCUUGAAA